UCUUAGUUCUUAUUGACAUAAUAUUCUGCGCUGAUUUAUAAUAAGCAAGAGAUAAAAAUAUCUGUUUCACUAUUAAUAUUCAUUAUUUUUAUCUUUAUUAAAAUAAAUAUACAACAACUAGAAUGGCUUUAGAUGAUAUUUCGGACAGGAUUUCACAGCCUCACGUGUGUAGAUGUUGUCUUUCGGCUAAUGGUAUUUGGGAUUUAACCACAGUAUACUUAUCAGACACGGGAAUCAAAGAAGUAUUUGCUGAAAUACUUCGUAGCUGCUUAGGAAUCAAUCUAUCACAUAUAAAUGAGAUGGACUCAAGUAAACUUGUAUGUGAGAUUUGUGUCAAUCAACUCAGAAGUACUUCAAAAUUUCACAAACAAGUUGUACAUGCUGAUAAAUGCUUUUCACAGUACCAUGAGAGCAGAAAAGAUCACGCAAAAUCGAAUUCAAACAAAAAAAUUAAUAAAACAUUACAUAAAGAAAUGAUGAAAAAAAACAUAAAGUCUGAUAGUGAAUAUGACUCGGAUACACCAAUCGCUAAAAUAAAACAUGCUCUCUGCGAGAAUGGCUUUGUGAAUUCAGAUUCUGAGUGUUAUGACAAUUGUGAAUCGAAGGUUAAUAUAUUAAAACAAUAUGAGGAUAGAGUUGAUAAUUUAAAUACAGAACGAGAUGCUGAUAAAAUGAUAAAGAAUAUCAAACAAGUAUCCGAACGCAAGCGAGUAAUUUUAACCUGUGGUACAGUACUACGAGAAACAACGGCUUGCCCUUUCCGUCAUCACAAGAGCUGGUUUCAAUGUUUCUUUUGUUCUCAAGACUUCAUGGAAAUUGAUUCGUUAAGAAACCACAAUCUCCAAUUUCAUUCGGACAUCGAAACGGAAUUAAAAAAAAUAAAACGUUACCCGCGUUCCCUCCAAAUUGACAUUUCGAAUUUGGAAUGCCGCAACUGUCAUUUGAAUUUGACAGAUGUCGAAAUGAUGAAGCGGCAUUUCGUCGAGAAGCACAAUAAACUUAUUUAUAAAGAAUGCAUAGCAGAUUAUAAAGUGAACGCUAGUCCAUAUACUUGUCAUAUAUGCAAGCGCGAGUUUCACGUAUUUAGGACAUUGACGACGCAUUUAAACGAACAUUAUGCGAAUUGCAUAUGCGAUGUUUGUGGGAAAUCAUUUCUUAAUACAAAACGUCUUAAGGUUCAUAAACGCACGCACGAAAACGGUUCAUACCCUUGCAACGAAUGCGGUAAAGUUUUAAAGACGAAAACAUCAAAAGCCAAUCACAUGGAAAGCGCUCAUUCCAAGCGCGUUAUUAAAUGUCAGAUAUGUUUUGAACCUAUGAAACAUUAUAAUGAUAGAGUAAAACAUAUGUCCGAAGUUCACAAUAUUACUCAUAAAUUUAAGUGCCCCAUGUGUAGUAGGGAAUAUAAUAUAAAGCAUUAUCUGGCGACACACAUACGUCAAACUCAUGGUCAUAAAAAUAAGAAGUGUGUAGAAUGUGGUAUGGCGUUUAUAACAAAUCAUGGUUUGAAAAAACACAUGUCGAAACAUACGGGUGAACGGCCUUUCUCUUGUAGUAUAUGUUGUAAGUCCUACGCCAGGAGUUACACGUUGAGGGAACAUAUGCGAGCUCACGAAAAUGACAAGCGCCUUGUAGGGGUGGCUUAAUUUUUUUUUAUUUCGACUGUCAAUCUGACAUAAAAACUGUAUUAUAAUAAGCCCAAAGUUAUUAUUUUUGAAUAGAUUUUUUACAUUGGCAAAACAUGAAAUUACAUAUUUAUUACGUGAUCAACAACAGAAAUAUUUAAUUUUA